GAGGAAGAGGAGGAGAGGCCCCAACUCCAGGUGGUUCCACUGCUCCGGUCGCAGCUCGCCCGGAUCCGCCGGCAUCGCCCGCCCGGAACCCGCAGGUGAGCGGGGAGGGGGAGCUCGCCCCGAACCCAUCGCGGGGGGCUCCGGGAGGGUUUUUUGUGGGGCAGGGGAGGCAAAUCCCAUCGUGUCCUUGUCCUCCCUCGGCCAGAGCAGGAGCUGGGCAUGGAGAGCAGCGAGGACAAAUCCCAUCGUGUCCUUGUCCUCCCUCGGCCAGAGCAGGAGCUGAGCAUGGAGAGCAGCGAGGACAAAUCCCAUCGUGUCCUUGUCCUCCCUCGGCCAGAGCAGGAGCUGGGCAUGGAGAGCAGCGAGGACAAAUCCCCGCGGCGGCAGAACCUGGUGGCAGAGGCCGUUUGGAGCGGCUCCACGGCGCAGGAAGGCAGCGGGGAGGAGAAGCCGCGGAGAUCCCUCAGCAGGAGGGGCUGCAAAGGCAGAGCGCGGGGAUCCGAGGGGGAAAGAGCCAGCCUGGGCCGGGGAGGGGGUCAGAGCUCAGAGCUGGGGGUCCGUGAGCAGCUCCAGGAUGGGGAGAAGCCCCACAAGAGCUCAGAGCUGGGGGUCCGUGAGCAGCUCCAGGAUGGAGGGAAGCCCCACAAGUGCCCAGAAUGCGGGAAGAGCUUCAAGAGAAGCUCCUGCCUGAUUGUCCACCAGAAGAACCACACGAGGCAAGAGGUGAGAUCCGAGGGGGAAAGAGCCAGCCUGGGCCGGGGAGGGGGGUCAGAGCUCAGAGCUGGGGAUCCGUGAGCAGCUCCAGGAUGGGGAGAAGCCCCACAAGUGCUCAGAGCUGGGGGUCCGUGAGCAA